GUUCGUUCAGUAAAGUUUAUUAUCAGGAAAUGAAAGGGUUAGUUUGCACUGACGUCAGGAAGAUAAAGGCAGUCUAUUCGACACUCGCAUUCACAGGGCGGUCAAGCGCGCGUGCUGUGCGCGGCUGCAGUUUAUUUAUGUUACGCGACUUCCUGGUGCUCUUCGUAGGUUUGGGCUGCUUUAGUUUUUCUUGUGCAGCUCCUCGUAGACUCUGGAGUGUGGAGUAACCUGUGAUGGAGCAGGGGGGUAAAAAGACUAGAACGUUCCGAUACCGAAAAUGAGACUGACAGCUGAUGCUCACACUGACAGCACGUCCGAAAGGAACUUCUUCUACAAUAUGAAUGUUUUGUGCUACGCCCAGUAUUGUCGUUUAUCAGAACCUCAUCGCUUUACAUCCGACGAACUUUCUAGUCUCGUAGCUGCGCGUAAAAAUGUGUUAGGACUGAUAUCUGCCCUCACCUAAGUUUUAUAAGUUGACAUCAUGACGAAGAGAUCCCGUCGAACACUAGAUCAGGAUGAUGCUCUGUGCUGUUGUGAGUUCAUUGAUCGUCAUGGCAGGCGCAGUCACAUGGCAGCAUGUUGCUGUGACUGUGAGGAUUUGGAUGAUGCUUGUGACAGAUGGAUGAAGAAGGCGCCUCAAAAUCCAGACUCCCUGUCUCGGGUAGUCGCCACGAUCAGUGAUCGUCUGCGGGUGCCCUGGAUAUCUGGUGCUCAACAAGUUGAUCUGUCAUUGAUCCCUCCUCUUAUUCUGCUUCCUGUUUUUUUGCACAUUGCAGCCUUGCACUACCUGCUGGGUAUUUUAGUGCUAACAGCAUUGCCCAUCAUGGUUCUUUGGUACUACUACUUCACUCAUCGAAAGAAAGGACGCACUUUAUUCUUCCUCAGCCUCGCCCUCUUCUCCCUCUUCUACAUGUUUUACCUCUUCAUCACCGAAGUCGUCCCUCGUGGUGAUGUGAAUCAUUUUCAGUUGGGAGCAGUGAUGGCGGGUGUUGCUCUUACGGUCAUUUCUCUCAUAAUCACCAAGAGGGGGCCGGGUUACGUAAGGCCUCAUCCAUCUGACACUCAUAGUACGGUGACCUAUCACAAACCACCACCUGAUGUAGAUGCUGCCUAUCUAAAUGGAGAACGGCACCAGGUGGUGAUAGCCAAUCAUGCCGGUCCACCUGAACAAAUUAGUGAAUCUGGUACAGCACAGGAGAGUGUUCAGAGGAUGAACUGGUGUACAGUAUGCAAAGUGGUGCGUCCCCCGAGAGCCGGACACUGCAGGAUCUGUGGAGUCUGCAUCCUGCGUCUGGACCACCACUGUGUCUGGUGGGUUCCUUAUUCAAGAGGGUCUCAGUCAUUAUUAUCUGGGAUCAACAGCUGUGUGGGACAAGCCAAUCACCUCAGUUUCCUUCUGACGCUUGUUUUCUUUCUGCUGACGUCGCUGUACGGGAUCAGUUUGGUGCUUCGCAGCGUGUGUCCUCAUCAGAGUGUGAUGACUGCACUGCUCUACUGUCCUGACGUCUACAAGCAGUACAGUUCUGCUCUCUGUUUCACCUGUGCCUGGUACAGCAGUUUAGUGACAGGAGGUUUGCUGCACCUGCUGAUCUUACAGCUUAUCAACGUCAGCUUCAACGUGACCGAACGCGAGGCACGCCUGGCUCUGAGAGAGAAAACCGGUCGCAGCCGUCUCUGGGGUCUAAUCAUCGACACUGGCGUUUACUCCCGAGGUUUCCGUAGUAAUUGGACUGAAUUCUUGACCAUGAGCAAGGCUUCAGAGUCAUCAAACCAUAAACCAUCAGAUCUGGUGUAGACACUAAACUGGCAGUGUCUGCUGAUGGAAAGGUCUGACUUUAAAGUGAAUUAUCACUCAUAUACUACAGUGAAGUAUAAUGUUGUGCUACUUAAUGCCUUCAACAUCCAUUCCAGAGUCAGUUUUAUGGCUCCAAACAUUGUGGUCAAGGCCUCAUCAAGAGUCAGUUGAAUGUUGUGGAUCAGUAGAUGGCAGUGUUGUAGUAUAUUACAUCUCUACAGUGUAAUUCAACAUCGAGUGCAUCAUUACUCAGGAUGAUUUGCCGUGGAUAGUGAUUACACAUGACUUGACAUAGAUAUUAUGUGAAGUUCUCCCUACAUACUAAUAAAAAUAAGAAUUAAUACAUUCAUUUUGUUCUUUUAAUUAGAUUUUUUUUCUAAUCAAAAACUCUUUUUAGUCAUUUCACUCAGAAGGAACCAUUUAUAGUUACAGUUUUUACAUUUAUAAUAAGGUUUCAUUUGUUAAUUUCAACAUUUACUAAUACAAUUUUAAAAUCAAAAGUUAUCUGUAUCUGUUAACAUUAGUUAAUGCACUAGCAUGAACGAAAUGAAUGUAUUUUAAUUAACAAACAGAAUAAAUGCUGUAAAAUAUAUUGUUUAUUGUUAGUUCAUGUUAGCUAAUGUAUUAAUGUUAACAAAUGAGACCUUAUUGUAAAGUGUUACCACGAAUAUGUAUUUCUGGUUUACAUCCACUGCUAGUUUGAUCAAUUAUGGAUUGUCUAAUAUUUGUUCUCUCGACUCCAAAGUGUCUUAUAUAUGAAUGCACAUUCAAUAUCAAACUUUAUUUAGUGCCUUUUGGGACAUCAGAUGUGAUGCAACAGCACACAGCUUUAAAACUGUCAUCUCAGUAUGAAUGUUUAAUGUUGAGCUUCGUGUUUGUUGUUUGGGGUCUUUGUGUGUGUGUUUUCUUUUCAUGUGCUUCAAUUGGGGAUAAAUCUGUUCUGCUUACCAUCCAGCUACCAUUCAGUGUUUUUGAAUCAAAGUUGGUUUCCUUCCAUUAAAAUGCCUUUUGAGCACAGAAGCAGAUAAUGAAACACUUCAAACUCCGGAUGUUUAUUUGUCUCAUGCGAGACGGUUUAUAAUGUAAUGCAUUUCAUUCUACAAGUUGUUCAAUUAAACUGUACCAUGGACAAAUAAACAAGCGUAAAAAGAUUAAA